AUCUCCUUCCUGAAAGUUCUAUAGUUUCUUCGCGUGUUUCUAACAUUACUUUUUACAGAGGUUGUAGUAACGACUGUUCUUUUAGUUAAAUAAGUUCUUCGUGAUAUUUUGCGCUAUCAUUUGUGUAAAAGAUUCCAUCUAUUGUUUUUUAAGAGUUAUUUAUGAUUACUAUAUGAUGUGAUAGUAGUUUCAUUUUUAUCAAACUUUAAUAAGGCUCUAAAAGAAUUUCAUAAAUAUAACGCAUUUUUACCUCGCUGUUACACUUUUGUUAUUUAUUGAUUAUUCACAAAUUUAACACACAUUUUCAAAAAAAGCGAUUUAGUGAGAUGAAAUAUUUAUGUUAACCAUUUUUAUCGACCGCAUUUUCCGCUUCGCAAAUGCACAUCUGCAUCAAACUAUUACCACAUUUUAUGACAAUUCGCUUAUAUAAGCUGACGUGUGUAUUUAUAAAUUCUUAUUUAAAUAUUGAUUUUUAUCGUCUGUACGUUAUGAAAAUUUACACCUAGAUCAAACUCUGGUAACGGCUAUCUAGAAAUAUAUGACUGUAUGCGAAGUAUUGCUGCUGCCUGUAUUGAGUCCACUUUCAUUGACAGAUAUUUGUUUUCGGAGAUGAUAAAAUUUCUAAAAUUGUGAAUAAUCAAAUUUUGUUGAACGAGAACGAGUUUUAAUGUAAAAAAUCGGCGACUCUGCGCCAUAUGCUUUUAUGCGAUAGUGUUGAAAUAAAUAUUUGACCGAUACUUGUGUAAUCCUAAAAGCCGUCAUCAUCAAAAAAGUGGUUAGAAACAGCAACCAACGAUGAGCGACGAUCAAGCAAAUGAACUGUCUGAAACAGUUGAGUUAUCUUCAAAUGAUAUUGAAAAAAUAGAAGAAGCAAAAUUAAGAGCAAAAUUUCCAAAUACUGGUCGUCCAAUUAGUGGACAUUCAGCAUUUCUACAGAAGAGGCUAGCUAAAGGGCAAAAAUAUUUUGAUUCUGGAGAUUAUCAAAUGGCAAAACAAAAAUAUACAGCUAAGCCAAAGCCAGCUGGUGUUCUGCCAACAGGUGAUGCUAUACCUACACCUGAAACUGUACCACAACGAAAGACAUCUAUUAUCCAACAAAAAUUUAAUACAACAAGUACAUCAUAAGUUUUUGUAAUGUUUUAAAAGUAUUGUAACUCCAGUGAUAUAUAAUGCGAUUCUACACAAUCCAAAUUUUAAAUGGUUCAGUAUCUUUAUGUUUUGUAGAUGGUAUUAUCUUAAAAGAUUAGUUUUCAUAAUAUUUUUUUAAUGUUUAUUCAUUAUCAGUACAUUGCUUUUUAAUACAAUAUAUGUGUGCUAUGAAAGCUUUUCUUAAAAGUUAUAUUUGAUGAUAUAGGGCACUUAAAAGAAUAAAAAUUGUAACAAUUUGUAACAAUGUAUCAUGUAUCAAAUAUUAUAAUUCUGUUUUUUCAUGUACUAAAGGUGUUAAUACUUAGCAAUUUUUAUGUUGUUUGUAAGUUGAUUUUGAGGGCUAAAAUAAUGUUCAUUGUAUCUUAGAUUCAAAUACAUAAAUGUAGAGUUUCAAAAUUUGCUAUUAAAAUAAGCAAUGAAACUAAUCCAAAAUAUGAGAUUGAUGAUAACAGAUGAUACUGUAAAUGCAAUCACUUGUAUAUGCAAUAGAGUUUCAGAAUGAAACAUUAUACAGACCUGCAUUUCCAAAGUUGCUGUGAUGUGCUUAAUAGACUAUAUUCUUAUAAGAUGUCAAGUUAUCAUAAGAAUCUGUAUGUAGCAUAAAAGAAACUUAAAUAUAAUAGUUGUUUUGGUUAUUGUAAACUACAUUAGUAAUAUAUUGUAAUUUAAACUUU